CCGCCGCUGCUACCUCAGCCUCGACGGAGCUCCCUUCACGAACCCCUCUUCCACGCUCGCCCUGCCCGGUGCAGAGGGAGCGCCGCGGGAGCGAAGGCGGGAAGGAAGGAGCCGGGGGCGGCGGGAGAGCGAAGCAAGCACGGCGGCGGCCGCGGUGGCAGCUUGUCCUCGUCCCUCCCGGCGGCCGCAGAGGCAGGAAGAGGAAGCGGCUCCGCAGGCGGCGGGGGUCGCUCUCCGACCCCGCGAGAGGGGGGCACCGCGGAGGGCCCGGCUCCCCUCACCGCUCCCUCGGCCUGGUCUUCGGUGAACCAGGGAGAUGCCCGUGAAAAAGAAGCGCAAAUCCUCGGGGCAGGCGGGGGACGACACGGGCCUCAAGAAAUGUAAAAUCAGCAGCUAUUGCAGAUCACAAGCUUCUAGUAAAGUGAUAAGUGGUGAGGAGCUUUUUUCAAGCAAGAAGUGCCUGGCUUGGUUUUAUGAAUAUGCAGGUGAUGAUGAAAUUGUAGGGCCUGAAGGAAUGGAGAAAUUCUGUGAGGACAUUGGUGUUGAACCGGAAAAUAUUAUUAUGCUUGUGCUAGCCUGGAAACUGGAGGCUGAAAGCAUGGGAUUUUUUACAAAGGAAGAAUGGUUAAAGGGGAUGACCUCAUUACAGUGUGACUGCACGGAAAAGCUGCAAAGUAAAUUUGAUUUUUUGCGCUCACAACUGAAUGACAUUUCAACAUUUAAGAAUAUCUACAGAUACGCAUUUGAUUUUGCAAGGGAUAAAGACCAGCGAAGUCUUGAUAUUGACACUGCAAAAUCUAUGUUAGCUCUUCUACUUGGGAGAACGUGGCCACUGUUUUCAGUAUUUUACCAGUACUUGGAGCAGUCAAAAUACAGAGUAAUUAACAAAGAUCAGUGGUACAAUGUGUUAGAAUUCAGCAGAACUGUUCAUGCGGAUCUUAGCAACUAUGACGAAGAUGGGGCAUGGCCUGUUCUUCUUGAUGAAUUUGUGGAAUGGCAAAAGGUUCGCCAAGCAUCAUAGCAAGAGCAGCUAUGAAGAGAAUGCUGGAUCUCGUGAUGCCCUCUCCUACGAAAACUGAGUCAAAACCAAGGGUUGCAUUCACAUGAACUUUAGCCAUUUUUUUCCUUUUAUUUUUAAAGGAAGCAUUGUUACACAUGAAAUGGGCAUUGAACCACAUCUCUUCUGAGACUGAAAAUUGGAGGGUUUUGUCUUAAGUUUCUAUCAUUUCAGAACAAUAAAGAUUCAGAAUUGUAACAGUCUUUAAAGUGAAGGAUAUCCCUUGAAUAUGACUGUGGUUUCUAUAUUCAAAACCAAAAUAUUGUAGAGUGCAUCAGAAGUAUCCUAUAUGAGUGUUUGAAUCCUGCAAAUGUGUUGAAGUUGUAGUAGUAUAUGAAUCUGGUAUGGUAGUAAUAAUGGGAUGAUUGUCUUUAGGAAGAAUGACUAACUUUAAGCCUUGGCUGGUGUUUGUUAACACCCAUCAUCAUUUGUGCCAUAGUUUACAGCUUCACAUGGAAACAUGGCCUUAAAAUUACUUUUUCUACAAAUGCCACUCAAUGUUUUGCCAUCUUCUAAUGAAACAUUCAUAAUUGUCUGCUUUUGAACUUUUUUAAAAGUACUAAACAGAUGAUGAUGACGCAACCGUAGGCUCUCGAAUCGCUCAUUAAAUUGUGUUUUAUUAUAAACUGGCCUAAAUAUUAAAAAGGAAAGCCUAGGAAAAUCUUUUAAUGUGCACUGGAUGGAGAACACUGAGUGUGAUCCUUUUUCUUCAUCUCCCAAUGUGGGGAGCUAUGAGUUUUUUUAUGACCUGUUUCCAGGUCUCUUCAUGUUAACCUGGAGCUAACAGUUGCACUAAUUUAAUGUGGUACAUUGCCAUCUAGCGAGAACAUGAGGAUCUGGAGUUGUGCGUGCUGACUUACAGUGAAAAUCAGUGUGGAAAUCUAAAGUGCUUAAUUAUCUCCUUAGUUUACUAUUUUUGUACAAUUAAGUAAUAAAUGCUCUACAUUCAAAUCCUACUUUCAUAAAUCGUAUACACACUCUUAGCCAAACAUAGGAAUUCUCAAGGCCUACUUUGUAAUGUGUACAUGAAUUUAGUACAGGGAAAAUGGCAAUGAGUUGAUGGCUGGACAGAAAAAAGUUCAGGAACUAAUACAGCAUCUCACCUGUUCAGUAUGCUGUAGUGAGGUGUUUUUUGGGGUGGGGGUGGGGGUCUACAACAGCCUUCCUCAACCUGGUGUUCUCCUGGUGUUUUGGGUGGCAGCUUGUACCAUUCCUGACGAUUAGCCAUGCUGGUUGGAAUGGAUGUGAGUUGAAGCCCAGUUCACCUGGAGGGCAAGAAGUUGGGAAAGGCUGCUUUACACAGUCAUCCUUUUAGCUAAUCUAGGUCAACUUUGUGAUGUGAUAUUAUCCCCAUAGCUUACCAUGCUAGGUGAGACAUGGUAGUAUUUGCCUCAGGAUAAUGAGAAAAAUAUUGUACGCACUGUACCCAGGUUCAGGUAAGACAAGAUAACCUCUUGUCUGGACAAAAUAGUUUGGAUAUUUUUGUGGGAGAGGGGGAUUCGUUUUGGUUCUUAAGUAUCUGUUUUUGGCAUUCAAUAGAAAAGGGCUAUUUUUCUUUCAGCUCUACCAGCUGGUCAUGUGUGUGACGAAGUUGGUCAUUGAAUUCCUUUCGAGUCAUCGUCUUUGCUCUUCUGUGGCAGUCUGCACAGGAAAAAUACAAUUCGGGGGUUGAGGGAGAGCAUCCCUUAUUACUUCAAACUUGUUGCUCUUACUUAAUUGCUUGUGUUAAUGUGUGUGUCCUAUUGCAGUUUAGAAAGAGUUUAGGAGACUUCUUCCUUGGCCUCAUCAGAACAUAUUUGGUCUGCCAGUUUGUCUGUGUACAAACAGAAAACCACUAACGUUUUGUUAUUAUACCACUCUCUUGGAAGUCAUCCCCAAACCAUAGUCUUAAGCAUAUUUAAUUUGGGAGUAUGUCCCAUUGAACUUGGUGGUAACGUGUAGAAUUCUGGGCUGUAAGUUUGCUAAUCAAAGGAGCACAGUUGACCAAUGCAAGAUGAAUAUUUCGUGACCUCUAGAAUGCAGUUGGUUUGCAAGGCAUACAUACUUCGCAAGAAGGCAGAAGAAAAUCCAUAUCCAAAUGUGUGUUUUGGAUAUGAAAAACGAUGAAGUGUAGCUUCAUGUUUUCAUGAAGAUAUUGGUUGCAUGGAAUUCUGUAAAGUUCAAACCCAAAUAAUUGGUAGAAGCCUUGUUGGAGUUUCCCAGGAUAGGCUAUGAUUAGGAUGGCGUUCUUCCCAGAAUAAGACAAUGCUGCCUUUAAAAGCACUGUAUCCGGGGGUGGGGGGUGUGGGGGGGUGGCUGUCAGAGCAGGCACUGGGUUAUCCUCUAGAAUUGCAGGUUUCCUAGUUGAAUUCUUCCACAUUCUGAAGCUCUGUCAUGAAUGGGAGGAAAUGGCAUGAAAUUGCAUCUUGUUUUGGAACGUAGGUGAGGUCCCUUUCCUAAUUAAGAUUGCAAUGAUAUGCACAAACAUUUGGGAAUAAACCCCGAAGAAAAUGUGACUGACCUCUAAGUAAACAGGCAUAAUAGUUAUCAGUUAAUCAUUGUAUUUGCAGUGCUUUAGAAAACCUUCAUCUCAGCCUUUUGAAGUCUCAAGCUACAAAUCAGGAAAUUCUUAGUGUGUUUAUAAUGUAAAUUAAACCAUCUUUUAAUUCAUUAUGAAUUGAAUUCUGUUUUUUUAACAACUUUAGCCCAAAAGAGCUGAUAUUAACAUGGUAAUCAAUGGAAUGUUGUGUCCACCAAUGCCAACGUCUUAAUGUGAAGGUAUCCAAUUGCUGUGUAUGACUUGUAUCUCUGAGGUUUUAUCACUAUUCUUAUAAUAAAACCAUAUUUCAGGGAUUUAGAACCUA